AUGCCCUCCUCACUCCUCUCCUCAUUGCCGAACAUGUGGGAUCGAUUUCAUUUCCUACCGCAUGUAUCAUCUGCAGCUCUUGCAGUACUGGCAGUGGUCAUUCUAUAUUCGUCUUUCUCAUCGCGGCGGAGACAUCUCAAACAUCUACCGCUUCUGAAUCCCAGCAAAGGCUUCUCUGUGUUUAACAUUGAAUCCAAACGCGAUUUCGUUUUCAAUAGCAAGAGUCUCCUGGCGAAGGGACGCAAGCUAUUUCCAAAAAGCCCCUACCGCAUGAUCACCGACCUCGGCGAAAUCGUAUUCUUGCCCGUUGAACAGACCGAUGAAAUCCGUAACGAUCCGAGACUCAGCUUCGGGUCAGCCUUUGGUGAAGACUUUCACGGACAUCUGCCCGGGUUUCAGGGCGCUGCGGUAGACAGCUAUGAUGAUGCGGUUCUACAAACCUUGGUGCGAAAGCAGCUCACCAAGUGCAUCGAAUGGCGAGAGAUUGAAGUAAAGUCAGUCAUUCUUGACAUGGUCGCUCGGCUUUCAGCGCGCGUAUUCUUAGGCGAGGAAUUGUGCCGUAAUGAGGACUGGCUGCGAGCAACGAAAGAGUACACAGUUAACUUUUUUGUCGCCGGAACACAUCUCCGUAUGAUCCCACGCCCUCUACGCCGGAUUCUCCAUUGGUUCGUGCCAAAGUGUCGAGAACUACGCGCGAGCUUCGACGAGUCACGCCGCAUCAUUAUGCCCUACAUUGAGAAGCGUCGCGCAGCACGGGCGGCCGCUGUAGCUUCCGGCAAGAAAAUCCCAGAGUUCUACGAUGCGAUCGAUUGGGCAGACCAGGAGGCCGCUACGAAGGGGGUGACCUACGACCCCGCAAUCAUGCAGCUUAUGUUAGCAGUCGCCGCGAUUCAUACUACGGCUGAUCUGGUCACAGAGAUUGUACUACAGUUGGCUCUGCACCCGGAGUGUGUCGCUCCCCUUAGAGAGGAGGUCAUUCACAUCUUACGUUCGGAGGGCUUGAAGAAGUCAUCUCUUCACAACAUGAAGCUUUUGGACAGCGCUUUGAAAGAAGCUCAACGUCACAAGCCGCCUGGAGUUGCAUCAUUGCGAAGACGAGUUGAGAAACCUCUCACAUUGUCGAACGGACUGAACCUCAGAGUAGGAGACAGGAUUGCGAUCGACACAUACCGCAUGGGGGAUCCGGAGCUGCACCAAGACCCUGAGAAGUGGGACCCUUAUAGGUUCAUCAAGAUGGCCGAGCAGCCUGGCAAGGCCAACUAUGCACAACUGGUUGUAACGAGCCCCGACCACCUCGCCUUCGGACACGGGGAUCACGCAUGUCCCGGACGGUUCUUUGCAGCUUAUGAGAUCAAGAUCAUCAUGUGUCACCUGUUGCUAAAGUAUGAGUGGGAGGCGUUGCCCACUACUGAUGCAUCGCCAAUGGUUUUGGGGUUCACUAAUGCUAGCAAUCCUACCGCGAGAGUCAGGGUUCGUUGGCGCAAGGAAAUCGAUUUGGAUAUUGAUUGCUUGUGA